UCUAAAACUAUUUAUUAGAGACUAAUGGAGGUUAAACAGUACUUGUUUAUUUUUUGUCGCCCCUUAUUUAACCUCUAUAGUCGAGUUUUGAACACACCAAUUUCAGAGAGUAAAAUGUGGCCGAUUAUUUUUAACGCCAUGCGUACCUAUGCGCCUUGGAUCGUUUUACCGAUUGCAGGAACGAUCGGAUUUAUAGGUUAUAAUUUUGAAUCACUUGUUAGUGAUAGGUAUACACCAUUUAAAGAAUCAGUCACACAAAGACGAGAGGAAAGGCGACUGGACGAACUUGAGAAGGAUUCUGAAAAAGUAGAAUCAAUUCGAGAACAUUCAUUCGUCCCACAGACUAUUUUUGAAAAGAAUGUUUCUCCGUCGUUGAAAAAAGACUGAAAUCGUAUAGGACUCUAGUUAUCAAGAGAAGCGGGAGGAAAACCUCAUGGCUCUCUUGUUUUUAAAAGUGUUGAAAAAAAUAAAUUUAAAUCAAUUAUCAUCCUUGACCUUCCAAUCAAAUUCAAGAACUAUUUUUACAUUGCAUUCAUUUGAAAAACCUUUUAGUGAACUUAAGUCAAUUUAUUGUCUGACUAAACUAGUUAAAUAGUUAAAUAUUUAUUUAUUGCAAAAUUAUGUUUUUUAAAUGAAUAUUUUUCUUUUGCAAAGUUUAUAGUGUUAUGUUAUACAAGAGAAUAAUUCAUUACGUAAUCUUUGUUUCAGAA